GCAGCUGCUUCUUUCUUGGGAGCCCUUUUAAUAGUCAUAUAAUCGUGGUCCGGUCUGGAAAGUUUUGCUAAUAAAAGUUGGAACCCCAACAACCUGCGGGGUUUCACUUCCAGACCGUCGGCAUUCACCCCCAAAAACAAUAAAGAAAUAAACACAACAAAAGAAACGAUGAAUACAGCUCAUAUAUGUUUGUCGGUUCUCUUCUUGUUUGCAUUUGCUUCUACUCUUCCCGGUGCUGUCCGAGCACACAUUGCAGAAUUCGACGAGGUAUGGCAGAGGCGAGCAGAGGAGGCCUGGAACCGAACACUCGAAUCCUACGAGCCAGCUCCUGCCAAGAUAGUUAGUCACCUCAAUCUCAAUGUUCACAGGGCCUUGAAGGAAGUAAAAGAAGAGGAAUUGAGCUUGAAUAGUACGAGGAGGCAGCUAAGCCAUGGGUACGACGGCCCAUGCAGGGUCACGAAUCCAAUCGACAGGUGCUGGAGAUGCCAGGCCAAUUGGGCUCAAAACAGGUUUAGGCUGGCGGACUGCGUGUUGGGCUUCGGCUACAAGGCCAAGGGAGGAAAGAACGGUAAAAUCUACGUUGUCACCGACCCAUCAGACAAUGAUAUGGUCAAUCCAAAGCCAGGAACCCUCCGCCAUGCAGUGAUACAAAAGGAGCCAUUGUGGAUCAUAUUCCAACGUGACAUGCUCAUCAGACUCUCGCAAGAAUUGAUCGUCCAGAGUGACAAGACCAUCGACGGGCGUGGUGCGAGAGUCCUUAUUGCAAAUGGCGCAGGCAUUACCCUCCAAUUUGUGAAGAAUGUGAUCAUCCAUGGCAUUAAGAUUUAUAACAUUAGUCCAGGGCAAGGUGGUAUGAUCAGGGAUGCUGUAGACCACUAUGGGCUCAGGACCAGGAGUGAUGGGGAUGGGAUAUCGAUCUUCGGUUCUCAGGAUAUCUGGAUUGAUCACGUCUCUAUGCUGAACUGCGCAGAUGGUCUCAUUGACGUUAUCAUGGGAUCGACUGGAGUCACCGUCUCAAAUAGCCACUUCACAGAUCACAAUGAGGCGAUGCUUUUUGGUGCGAGCGAUAGCCACACACAGGACGUAAAAAUGCAAGUCACAGUUGCUUUCAACCACUUUGGGAAGAGGAUGGUGCAGAGAAUGCCAAGGGCACGAUACGGCUACAUCCACGUUGUUAACAAUGACUACACUCACUGGAAUAUGUAUGCAGUUGGUGGGAGCAAGAACCCCAUUAUUAUUAGCCAAGGGAAUAGAUACAUUGCUCCUCCAACUAAUCCUUAUGCCAAGGAGGUGACAAAGAGGGAGUACUCGCCAGAAUCGGUAUGGAAGUCGUGGGUGUGGAGAUCAGAGGGAGAUAUAUUCCAAGGAGGUGCAUUCUUUGUUCAAUCAGGUGAUCCAACAUACACUAGCAAGCAUCCUGAGAAGUAUGACCUGAUUCAGGCCGCCCCGGCUCAGAAUGUUGCUGAGAUCACAAAAUUUGCGGGCGCACUUGGCUGCAAAGUAGGAGUACCGUGUUAGAACUACUGUAGAAUACAUCAGUCAACAUAUACAAUGCUGAUUUAUUCGUAGAUUACCGGCUUUUAGUCACUAUGAUCUUGUGAGUGACGUCUGGUGGCUGUGGGCAAGAAGAGGGAAACACACUACUAUUGCUACUGCAUAAUUAAUAUGUAUACAAUAAUAUUUUUAUUAAUUAAUUUUGGUAAGGAAAUAUAUAUUACGUACA